AUGAGUAGUUUUGGUCUUCUCAACGGACCAUCAAGCUUCAAUGAAGAAGCAUGGGUCCCAUGCGUCAUCCAAAUCACCUACCCUAUCCUCUUCUUCCUCCGCACACAACACUCUACCGCACGGACGACUCUUCUCCGUCCGCCUCCGCCUCCGCCUCCGCCUCCGCCCACGCCUCCACCCGCGCCCCGGGUCGCCUCCGCCCAUGACGCCCUGGCCGUGUCCACUCGCCUCCACGACCCAGACCCGUUCGCCGCCGACGCCGCCGUGGACGCGGGAGACGACAACGGGCCGGGGAACGCCCCUCUCGACGGCGGCGGCUACACCGGCAUGGGCCUCACCCCUCUCGACGGCGGCGGCUACAUCGGUAUGGGCCUCGCCCCUCUCGACAGCAGCAACACGGCCGCAUCUCUCUCCAGAUCCGCCCUCACCCGCUUGGUCCUCGCCGCUGCCGCUAACUGA